AUGCCACCACUCCCCACGGGUUCGGCCGCCGCUGCCAUGUACGCCAGCCAACCCAUCGCCAGCACCGAGGGUGCCACAAUCAAUCCAGCUGCCCUCAACUCUCCAGCCAUCCCCUCUUCUCUCUCCACGAAUCGCGCGAAACGAAACCGAUCCCCGGAUACUAUGACCCCUGCGCAACCCGUCGGUGACGGCGCCUCCUUGGCACAUUCCAGACGAUCCAGACUCAUGAAGCCUCACUCGGGAGAUGCUUCUGAGGCGGGGGCCCAGCCUCCAGCCGCUGUCACCACCGCUCCUACGCUUCCUCCUCCCCAGACGCCGCAAUCCCAGGCUACUCCUCUCUCCGCCCAGCCCACGCCAGCAUACUCUGGAGGUGGCGCUCCUCCCAAGACUACUCCCACCAAAUCAACCCUCAAGGCCCUGCCCACUGUCCGCGAUCACACAACCGAUCAGCUCAACCCAGCCGGUGAUGAAUACAUCCCUAGGGAGAUUGACGAGUUUGGCGAGAAAAAGGUCCUGGGCAAUGGCCAGCUUCUAGGCAACCGUGUCUAUCGCUGCAGGACUUUCCUUGUGCCCAACCGUGGCGACAAGCUCUUCAUGCUAGCCACCGAGUGCGCUAGGGUGCUCAGCUACCGGGACUCGUAUUUGCUAUUUAACAAGAACAGGUCCCUCUUCAAAAUUAUUGCCAGCCAGGCUGAAAAGGACGACCUAGUCCAGCAGGAGAUCCUCCCUUUCUCGUACCGGUCCAGGCAGAUUGCUAUUGUUACAGCCCGUUCCAUGUUCCGCCAGUUUGGAAGCCGAGUCAUCGAAAACGGCCGUCGUGUGCGUGAUGACUACUGGGAGACUAAGGCCCGAAAGCAAGGAUUCACGGAGAACGAUCUUGCUGGCGAAAAGAGACCCGGAGCCGCCAAGGCUCGCGAGGCCGCUGAAGCCCAGAACAACGUCAUAAUCCCCGGACCUCAUACCGAGAUUGUCUAUAACAACGCCCCAGGGCCGUAUCCAGGUGCCCCACAACCUCACAUCGUCCAGCCAGGUAUGAUGGGAGGCCCCGGAUCUACCACGAGGAUGCCCGCGUUAACAGUCGCUCCAGACCUUAGUGAUAACCGGCCCAGGGACUAUUCAGGUGUUGUUCGACGCGGCCCGCGUCAGGAAAUUACCGGACCAGCCUACCAGGACCAAACCAGGCCUUCUCCCGCUAUGGAAUUGCAUUCCCAGACGCACCACGCCGCUGAGUUUAACAGGUCCGUCAACCAGCAGCGUGACAUGCGCGGCGACUAUCUCCAAGGCAUAUGGCACCGCCCGCAUGAGCAACCUCCUUCUAGCCUGACACAGCCCGUUGGCACUUCGGACGCCGUUCCCACCUCCCGUGCCACUGCUUCUCCCCAUGCCACUGCCGCAGGUCUACCCCAGCCUGGCGGAGUCCCAUCUCGAUCCCCUCAGAUGAUGAUGACCAAUGCCCCCUACUCUCAGGGCAUCAGCGCCCAGAUGGGCCAAGGCAUGAGGCAAGGAUCUACAGGUAGCAUCAACGCUGGACAACCCGGCUACAACUACCAGUCCGGACAAAUGUGGUCGCAGAAUCCCCAAGCUGCCCAGGGAGCGUAUGGAAGUUAUACCACCCAGGGCCAGCAGCCGCAUCCCUCGCAGUCUCCGGCCUCAAUGCGUCAGCCCGGAAGCGGCCAAAUGCAAAAUAUGCAAUUCCCGCCCAUGGGAGCUUUGUCGCAGUAUGGAGGCCAACCCAGCAUGUACCCAGCGGACCAGACGCCCAGGCAAUACAUGCAGCAACCCGCCGCUGGCCAGCCGGGCGUUGGCCAGGCUUGGCAAGGACAGCACUCGCCCUCUCAGGCACAGCAGUCGCAACAGCAGCAACAGCAUCAGUGGUGGAAUCCCUCCCAGCAGCCGCAAUAA